GCACGAGGGACGAACUGACUGACGUACCUCGCCCGCCCCUGCCCCGCCCCUGCCUCAUAUCGCCCUGGGCUCCCGGGGCUCACUUCUGGAGCGCCUUCUCUCCCUGCGGCUCUCUUCAGCCCUUUCUCUCCCCGGCACCUCAGGCGUCGGCGGCGGCGACCCCAGCAGCAGCAGCACUGAGCGACGCGAGCGGGCGGCCGAGACGAUGAAGUGCAAGCCGAACCAGACGCGCACCUACGACCCGGAGGGGUUCAAGAAGCGGGCGGCGUGCCUUUGCUUCCGGAGCGAGCGCGAGGAUGAGGUGCUGUUAGUGAGCAGCAGUCGGUACCCUGACCGCUGGAUCGUGCCGGGCGGGGGCAUGGAGCCCGAGGAGGAGCCGGGCGGUGCGGCAGUCCGAGAGGUGUUCGAAGAGGCGGGAGUCAAGGGGAAGUUAGGCCGGCUCCUGGGCAUUUUCGAACAGAACCAAGACCGCAAGCACAGAACGUACGUGUACGUACUGACCGUCACUGAGAUUCUGGAAGAUUGGGAAGAUUCGGUUAGCAUCGGGAGGAAGCGAGAGUGGUUCAAAAUCGAAGAUGCGAUCAAGGUUCUCCGCUGCCACAAGCCCGUGCAUGCCGAAUAUCUGGAAAAACUCAAGCUGGGCGGUUCCCCAACCAAUGGAAACUCCGCGGCUCCGUCCCUGCCACAGAGCGAUGCCUAGUAUGUACCGCUCCUGCACAGACUUCUGCUUUCCGCCUACCUUAGAAUAAAUAGUGCCCGGAGCGCUCUCAUUCCUUGUGCGGUCUCACGGGGAGGAGGGGGGCUUCUUUUGUCUCCUUGGCAGACCUCUGAAUCACGCUUGCAAACUGUCUCAGUUGCCAGGCACUGUUUUCAGACAAUUUGCACGUUUUUCAGAUGCUUUGAAAAUCGCUGCUUGGUAGCACCGUAACAGAUUUAGGUAAUCCUAAACCACAUGGGUUUUUUUUUUUGUUAUUUUUUUAGGGUGCCUUAACUGCUUGCCCAGGCUUUAGCGUGUGUGUGUGUGUGUGUGUAUGUAUGUAUGUACACGUUGUGGUUUUAUUACAUUGCACACACGUGUGUGUGUGUGCACGUGUGCGUUUUUGGUACCAAUCUUGUGGUUUGUUUUGUAGUUGAACGCCUUUAAAAUCUGAACAUCUUGGUUGUGUGGCAUCUUUAAUUUUUUUUUUCUUAACUUGCUUUCUGUUUCACUGCAUUAGCCCUUGCUAGCAAGCCCUUCUGUGAUGGGAAUUGGUUUAAAGAUAGUUAUAUAUAUAUAUUUAAAAAGUACUUAAGAAAUUUUACAUCUUGUGGUCUUUCCACACUGGGCAAUAAUUUUGUGUUCAGUAAUGUGAUCUCAUUUGCCCUUUUCAGAAGUUUCUUUACUCAUAUCUUCAUGAUUUGAUUUUCAAAAGAAUUUUCACCAGUGGUAUUUUGUUGCUGCUUAUUUGAAAUGGCCAUGUCCCAUAUAGCCCCAAAGUAAUUUAACGAAAUAUUACUUUAUACAGUGAAU